AUGCAUCCCUCGAAAGUCUGGGAGCAUUUCUACCGCGGUAUACGGAAGUACACGGAAGCUUUGCCGCUGUCGGCGGAGGCUGCACAAUCGGGCGUGGACGAUCAGAUUUCGGUCGGCGUCGACGAUGCGUCCUGUUCGUUUGCCGCAGUUGCUAGCGAACUACUGGAGCAACUCGCUGCUGAUGAAGCCACCACUCUGUCAGAGUCUCGAGUGCCCAACUCCGCUAGUCCUGCUGCGCCAGUGGAUCACUCCGGGAAGAGGCCAUACAGACUGUUGGAAGCAAAAGUGGUAGCUCGGGUGAGGGUGUAG